AUGGAAGCAACAGCAUCUCAGCGUGAUACAUUUUAUAGAGCUGCAAAGCAAGAAGGCUGGCGUGCUAGAUCAGCUUUUAAGCUUAUUCAAGUAGCCGACCAUUUCAGAUUAUUCGAUAAUGUUACAAGAGUUGUAGACUUGUGUGCAGCUCCUGGUUCAUGGUCACAAGUAUGUGCCCAAAAACUAUCAAAAGUACCGAACAGUGCUAUCGUUGCUGUGGAUCUUCAGCCAAUGGCACCAAUUCCUGGAGUUAUUCAAAUUCGUGGAGAUAUUACAUCAAAAGAAACAGCACAACAAGUUAUUGAUGCUAUGAAUGGCAAAAAGGCUGAUCUUGUUAUUAGCGAUGGCGCACCUGAUGUAACAGGAUUACAUGAUCUUGAUGAAUACAUGCAAAGCCAGCUUGUCUUCUCAGCCUUCAAUAUUGCUUGCUUUAUGCUUCGUGAAGGCGGUACUUUCAUGGCAAAAAUUUUUACAGGAAGAGAUAUUCAAGAUCUUUAUUCAUCACUUUCUCCUUUCUUCGAAACUGUUACAGCAAUGAAACCAAGAGCAUCCCGCGUUGCAUCUCUUGAAUCUUUCGUCGUUUGCCAAGGAUUUAGAUUACCUGAGGGAUAUACACCAAUCUUAACAUCGGAUCCACAAACAGAUUUCGAAGCUACAUCACCUUUGUCUCCGUCUUUUGUGGCAUUUGGUGAUCUUUCUGGAUUUGACAAAGCAAAAGACAAAAUAGAAUGGUAA